AUGGUGCCAGAUUGUUCCCAAUAUGUGAAAGGAAAAGCGUGUGCAGAGCAAGCUGGAAUGGACUGGAAAUUACUGAACGGUUGCCAACCAACAAAAAAAGCAGCGAAAUGGUGCGAUGCCAGAUAUCAGCAACUGAACAAAUUGCAUGAACCGAAAAUUCCUGGAGUAUUGUAUAAUAUGCAUUACGAUGCGGCUGCAGAAGCUGAGUCACUGAGUUGUUUGAAAACUGGCAUAUGUAAUCAAAUUAAGAAGCAAGGUGGGCAAUGUCCUGCUUGUGGAAAUUCUGGAGGUGGCGGCGGAAGUCCAGGAGGUGGGAAUCCACCAAGUGGAAAUCCACCGAGUGGAAAUCCCAGUGGUGGUGGGCAUCAACCAGGAGGUGGAAAUCCACCAAGUGGAAAUCCACCAAGUGGAAAUCCACCGAGUGGAAAUCCACCAAAUGGAAAUCCCAGUGGUGGUGGGCAUCAACCAGGAGGUGGAAAUCCACCAAGUGGAAAUCCACCGAGUGGAAAUCCACCAAAUGGAAAUCCCAGUGGUGGUGGGCAUCAACCAGGAGGUGGAAAUCCACCUGGUGGAUGUUAA